GGAGCGAGCGCAGCCAUCGCACCGGUUGCAACAUCCGUCCAAAUGACCCCGCGAACCGCCAUGGCUGCGCAAAAGCCCGGCGCCGUCAACACCCCCGCCAUGGAGCAGAAGAUCGGCCAGGCAACCUCCGUCAUCAUCCCUCUGCUCGAACUUGGCGCGUUGGGCUACGAAACCUGGGUCUUUGUCUACUUGAUCUGUAUCCAAUAUCUCAUUACUCCCACGGACACUCUACGGCGCGACUUCGACAUCCGGCCCCGGCGGUCUACUGGCAUCGCCCUCAUCGUCGUAUACGCCCUGUUCCUGCUCUUCCUCACCAUAACUUGGAUGCGCCUCUUACAAAUGAUAUGGUCCAGGCCCGACGUCGUUCCGCUCGGCGAUGCGUCGCAAGAAAAAGAAGAUGCAAGCACAAAGGGCUUCGCAUUCGACCAUUGCGAUGCAUUCAUCUCCGACUACCAAGGGCUUCCGCUCUGGUGCGACAAGUGCCACAACUGGAAGCCGGACAGGACGCAUCACUGCAAGGAACUGGGCCGCUGCGUGAGGAAGAUGGAUCAUUACUGCCCUUGGGCUGGCGGCAUCAUAGCCGAGUCGACACACAAGUUCUUUAUGCAAUUCGUGUCGUACGCAGCCUUGUAUACAACCUUUACCUGGAUCGUGGUGGCCGUUUUCCUGGCGGAGCGCAACUCAAAGAUGGGUUCACGGCCCGGGACCUGGAUUGGCGCACUUGUAACAGGCGUACUCUUCAGCAUCUUCACCUUCACCAUGUCGUGCAUGACUAGCUGGAAUCUCAUGAUCAACUACACCUCGGUCGAAGGAAUCCAACGCGGCGGCAUUCACAACAUCGCCUUUCUCAUCUCGCCACCAUCCCCCCGUUCCAGCGCCUCGGUCUCAGCACCUGAGACCUCGCCGUCCCCGUCCAGCAAACACCACAAGAAGGGUCUCAGCAAUCGCACCGAGAAAGAGGCAGCCGAAGAGGACUGGCCUAUUCUGACCACUGUUACCCGUCCCUCGAAGCGCUCGUACGUGGUGAUGCAGACCAAGCCUUUUGAACAUCCCUGGUAUACAACUCUGAUGCAGGGCUGGAAAGACACCAUGGGAAACAGUAUCAUCGACUGGCUUCUACCACUUCGGCAGAGCCCCUGCAAGGAAAAAAGUCACACGGGCGAAUUCGCGUGGGGCGAGGUUGUGUACGACAUGGCGAGGAUGUACGAAGAAAAGAAUCCCGGAUCAAGACUGGCGCUGCUUCACGGCUCAAGCAAACGAUGAUAUUGCUCUGUGUUCGGCGUCAUUUUGAACUCUCUUCAGCGACUGAGCGUAUAUAUUUCUUUUUUUUUACUCAAAACAUGUGAUACCCACCUAGGUUGUAAUGUAAUGGCUGUACCCGCGUCAACGGCCCGAGGCCAGAAAAAGCAAACAAAUUGAAAAAAUCAUGGAGC